AUGGAUUCCCCUCACAUCCUAAUAACAGGCGGAAGCGGCUUCCUAGGCACAAGCAUAAUCUCAGCCCUCCUCAACACUACAAAAUACACAAUAACCGCCCUCGACAUCUCCCUCCCAUCCCUCGGCACCCAAACCUUCAGCUCCAACCCACGCGUGCGCUAUACGCGCUGCGACAUUCUAGAUGUCCCCUCUCUCUCCAAAGUAUUCGCUGAAACCAAGCCUACAGCCGUAAUUCACACGGCCGGCAUCUUCUACGUGGGCACACGGCGGUACAGCAUGAAAGACCGCGACACGGUGUUUAAAGUGAAUGUAGAGGGCACGCGGAACGUGCUAGAGGCGAGUAAAGAGCACGACGUCAAGGCGUUUGUGUACACCAGUAGUAUCGCCGUACUUUGUGAUGAUUUCUCGCGGGAUUUCAAAAACGCAGAUGAGACGUGGCCGCUGGGAAACACGGAUACGACUUACGGGCAGAGUAAGGCCCUCGCAGAAUCCCUCGUCCUAUCUUCAAACUCCCCCUCCUUCGCAACCACCGCGUUACGUCCAGCCCCCAUCUUCGGCCCCACAGAUCGCAUCUGCAUCCCGACGAUCCACGCAUGCAUCGACGCAGGCCAAACCCCCUUUAUCCUCGGUCCCGGGACGAACCUGCAAGAUUACGUCUACGUCGACAACGUUGCGCACGCGCACGUGUUGGCGCUGGAGAACUUGCUAUCUACCGCGCGCACAGCGGCGGGGGAAGCAAUGUUCAUUUCGAACAAUGAGCCGGUUACGGCGCGAGCGCUUUGUUUGGCGAUUUGGCGCGAGUUCGGUCAUGUACCCAAGUUUGAGGUGCAGUUGCCGGUGGUGUUGGCGCGCUGGAUGGGGAUUGCGGCGGAGUGGACGGCGUGGGCCAUGGGGUCAGAGGCGAAUUUGAGUCGCGGCAUGGUGAGUGAAGGGUGUAGGGAUUGCUAUGUUUCUGUUGAGAAGGCUAGGAGAUUGAUUGGGUAUGAGGCGAAGGUUGGGUUGGAGGAGGGGAUCAAGAUUAGUUGUCGGGAGUAUAGGGAGAGGCUUGAGUCGAGGAAGAGACCGUCGGUGUGGAGUUGA